AUGGGUAACUGGGACUGGACCGCUUUCUUUAGCUCACGAGACCGGCGGAAUUUCCCCGGUGUCGUGAUGCCACUUGCCGAUGCCCCAGCACCUCAACAAUCGAUACCCAAUGCAGAAAAGGAAAAGGAACCGGAUAACGAUGCGAAUAGCAACAAGCUAACCACAGCGUCAUCCGAAGAGAAAGGCGCCAGUCCUGUGCCCCAAAGCGGUUCACUGACUCUCGAAGCCCUUCGUGCGGAGGUUGAAUCGGACAUUGCCGCCUCGGGUUUGGACACUGCCUAUGAUCGGAAGGCAAAGGUUAUCAAUAGAGCAAUUCAGGACAUUGGUAUGGGCCGGUACCAAUGGGAUCUAUUUGUUCUCUGUGGAUUUGGCUGGAUUGCCGACAACCUCUGGCUACAGGGUGUGGCACUGACGCUGAACUCACUGUCUGCUGAAUUCGGAGUUGAUUCUUCCUACGUGCGUUUCACAACAUGCUCCCUUUUCGUCGGACUGAUUGUUGGUGCUUCGUUCUGGGGUCUGGCCUCUGACGCGAUUGGUCGCCGUCCUGCCUUCAACAUGACUUUGUUCCUCUGCGGUGUUUUUGGACUUGCUGCCGGUGGUGCUCCCAACUGGAUCGCUGUGUGUGCUCUCUUUGCCUGUCUUGGCUUGGGUGUUGGUGGCAACCUGCCCGUUGAUGCAGCCAUCUUUCUGGAAUUCCUGCCCUUCGCCUCAGGGGCCCUUUUGAGCUCCCUGGCUCUGUUCUGGUCCAUAGGCACCCUCAUUUCCAGUCUGCUUGCCUGGGCAUUCAUCGUCAACUAUUCGUGCCCUGAAAACGAGCCUUGUACCAAGGAAAACAACUGGGGAUGGAGAUAUCUGGUCUUGUCCUUGGGUGCCAUCACAUUCGCCAUGUUCCUUGCACGCUUUUUCCUCUUCACGCUCUAUGAGUCUCCUAAGUUCCUUGUCUCCAGAGGUCGCCAGGAUGAGGCUGUCACCGCUGUACAGGGCAUUGCCUACAAGAACAAGACUCAGACUUGGCUCACAGAUGAGGUUCUGAACGAGAUUGGUGGAUAUCCUGAGGAGGUUUCAGACCAGAAGCUUUCCUAUAUGCAAAUUUUCAAACGGUCUUUGUCAAAGUUCUCAUACGAGCAGGUCACCCCUCUGUUCGGAACAAAGAGACUCGGAAUCACAACCCUUAUCAUCUGGUUUUUGUGGACCACCAUCGGAAUGGGCUACACCUUGUUCAACGCCUUCCUCCCGCAGUAUCUCAGUACCUCAUCCUCCGUCUACGAAACCUACCGCAACUACGCCAUUACUGCCGUCUGUGGUAUCCCCGGUCCCAUGGUUGCCUACUUCACCGUCGAUCUUAAGUACAUCGGCCGCAAGGGCACCCUCGCCAUCUCCACCCUCAUCACCGGCGUCCUCCUCUUCUGCUUCACAGCCUCCCAAGACCCCAACGUCCAGCUCGUCUGCUCAGCCCUCGAGUCCUUCUUCCAGAUGAUUAUGUACGGUGUUCUCUACGCAUACACACCCGAAGUCUUCCCUGCGCCGAACCGUGGAACGGGAACUGGUAUCGCUAGUUGCCUGAAUCGGAUUGCUGGUCUUUGUGCGCCAAUCAUCGCCAUUUAUGGGGGUGCUAAUGCGUCGGCUCCGAUUUAUGCUUCUGGUGCGCUAUUGCUGGUUUCGUUUGUUGCUAUGUGCUUGUUGCCGAUUGAGACUAGGGGUAAGCAGUCCCUGUAA